AUGAAUUUAUUAAAUGAGAUCAACAGUCUUAUUAAGACAUCACAAUACCUCAAAGCCUUGAAAUUACUCAUAAGAUAUGAAUACUAAGAUUCUGCAGAAAUCUGCAUUAAAAUUGUCAGAAGAUAUUCAUAUGUUUGUAAUAAGUUACUUUUCAAGUAUUUACUGAAAUAUGAUAAAAAAUCACAUAAAGUUAAGCCUAUCCUUUACAGAGCUUUUGACGCACUCUAUCUUUGGAGUCAGUAUUUGCAAAAAGAAGAAACUAUACACAAAGUUUUUACACCUAAACGUUUGAGUUGCAUGUCACCUCAAGCAUCUCAAAAGAUCAUCAAUCAAAGGACUAAAGUUAAUAGGAAAUGGCUCUUUCAAUAAAAACGAUUAUUUCUGUAAUCCCUAUAAGACACUUUAAAAUAUCACUAUUAUUACCUCAAGUUGAGGAAGGAAAAUACUUUUGCUUUGCUAAUCUUAAAAAAGUUUAUCGUUGUUAGUUAUUUCAGCGAUUGCAAUUUUUAACUCCAUCAAAAGUCCAUCAAUAAUAGACAAGAAAUGCUCAUGAUCAUUGGGUCAGCAUACUUUGAAAUUAAUUCAAUGUAACAAACCAUAGAUCAUCUAUACUUAUCGAUUAUUUUAGGAUUAGAAAAAACAGUUAUUCCUCUUUUCUACUUAAAAGAACAAUUGAGAAUAUCACAAUCAGAUAAGCAAUUUUAAAAAUAGAUUAUGAAGUCUACUUCCAUUAUUGUUGCCUCAAUAUCUCUAUUAGCAAAAGCACAUGAAUUGAAAGGCGAAAUUUAAGAAAUGCAGACUUGUAUUUCAUUUUCCAAGUUUGUUUGCACCAUUCUGAUUUUCUUUGAAAAAUGUUUUGAAUUACAAAAGGUUAUUGAAUCAAUUGAUAACAAUAAAUUAGAUACUUAUUCCCUUUAUCUAUAAGAAAAUGGAGAACUCAUAAGAUUUGCUAAAUUUCUAACUGAUUAUUAAAUCCAAAAAAGCAGCACUAGCUUCACUCCAAGAACAUUGUAGGAAGAGUUACUUGAAAAAAGACUAAAAAUAGCUGAAUAACCAUAAGUCAUAGUUAGCAAUCAUCAUUAAAUUGAAAUUGAAGAAACCAAUCAUUUUCAUAAGAAAACCAACAGUGAAUUAACUGAUACAACCUUAGCGUCUGGAAGACCAAGCAAAUGUGGAACUGAAAUUUAGUUUUUUAAUGAUUCUUUAGGAUUGACGAGUAUUUCAAUUUAACAACCCUCAGAAUUCUAAAAAUACAGGAAAUUUACAAAGGUUCAUAAAUAUAAAAAAAGUGGAAACAACUUUUUAGCAAAACUUCUAUAAUUAAGUGAACACAACAAACAUGAGGAAUAUCAGUUAUAAGCCAAGUAAAUCAAAAAGGAAAGUUCCUUUAGAACUUUGGAAUAAGAAAUUAAUAACAUAAUCGAUAGAAGGCUACCAAGAAAUCAUGUGCCCUUUGAAUAAUCUUAACUCUUAUGCACCAAAUUAAUUAAGUAAGAAUCUGAGUAGAGAAAAGAAUUUCCAUUUGCUUAUGAUAUGUUAAAAUUCAAAUAAGAAUUUGGAAGUGGGCUAUGCAUUUUAGAGGAAAAUAUUUAAGAAUUUAAUAAACAUUUUGAAUUUAAUGUGUUAAUGUACUUUGAUUACUUGACUUAAAGUAAGGAGAGUGCGAUGAGUAAUUUGAAAUACAAUUAAAACUUUUCUAAACUAAGAUUGGCUGAAUAAAAAUUGAUAUAAUCAAGGAAUCUGGUUUUAAAAAAGCAAGUUGAGUCCAUUCAAUAAGAAAAGGAAGAGGAAAAAAAGAAAGAUACAGAGAAUGAAACUUAAGCAAACUUAUUAUUUGAAACCGUACAAAAGAGAAAGACUAUGCUUUUUAACAUUCUAGGGGCGAAUGAUACUCCGAUAAAAACCCCAUAAACAAAUGAAAGCAAAGUGUAAAAAUAUGAAAAAAAUGUGUUUAAAUUCCCUUCUACAAAUACAACACCAAAACACAAUUCUCUAACUGAAUAAAUAAGACAAUUUAGUGCCCAAAGAGAAAAACAAAUAUCAUAACAAUUUUUUAAUAAAGCCUAAACAACAAUCAAGGCUCAACUAUUAGAGAGUGAAUUUUUAAUUGAAUAAAAGUAGAAUCUUAAAAACUAUUCUGAACCUCCUGAAUUAUUAUUAACCAAAUUAGGGAAUAAUGAUGAGUUGGCUAAUUCGGUAAAACAUUUGAAAGCAUCAGGAUUUUAAAAGAUCUUAUUAAAAAAAAGGAAGACAACAAAACUGGCUUCUACAAAGUUGUGA